ACACCAUUUUACAUUUCUGGGAUAAAAUUGGAAAAUCCAGAUCAUACGGACUGUUCUGUUCGUAUCAACGAUUUUUUUAAAAAUAAAAUCAGAUUUUACUAAAUUUAAUUGGAGAACUAGAUGCGUUUAACGAACGAGUAUUAUCCCAAAUGGGUUGGUAAUUUACGUGGUUACAGCCAAUGUCUACACUGAAAUUCAACUUGACCAAAUAAAAAAUCAAAAUAUGCGUACCACUGCCAGUUCUGCAGCAACGUACCCUGAAAAUUGUUAAUAAUUAGGAUAAUUAGUCGUCAAUGGGAUAGAAUAUACACUAUUGGUCGCUUUGUGAUUCAGUGUUAAUUGUGAUCUCGUGAGUUUAUCGAAAUAGAGUUUUGUUAUCGGAAUCCUCUAAUAAAUUUGCUAAUUGUUUUUUUUUUUAAUUGUACGUUUGUUUUGAAGUGCGGAAACAUCGGUUUUCCUUUUUUCGAAAUUAAAUUUUGUUUUCUUUUUAAUCGAAAAAUUUGAAAAAGUGCAACGAAAAUGUCCGAUUACAACGCGUACACACAGCAAAUACUGAAGGUGACCGUGGCCCAAUUAUGCCAAACAAUUGGCUGGAAUUCGAUUUCCAAUACGCCCUUGGAGCUAAUGAGCGACAUAUUGAAUAAAUACAUCAAAGAGAUAGCCACCCAGACGCAUCGUUACUCGGAGUUGUAUGGACGAACCGAACCCAAUCUGGACGAUGUUGCGCUGGCCUUCAAGGACAUGAACGUCAACAUUGCCGAUUUGGAAGAGUAUGUCAACAACGUGGAUCCAGUACCGUGUGCCAUUGAUGUACCGAAAUAUCCGGCACAGAAAGAGAACCAUUUGAAUUUUCUCAAACCGGGCAGUAAAGAGGUGGUCACUCGACCUGUUCAUAUCCAUGAGUAUUUGCCGCCGAUGCAUGCCGAACGAGAAGAUGAGGAAAAGCCGCCCGAAGUAUUGGACACAAGCGCCGAACAAACCGUUGAGGUCGUUUCCAUGCCGGGUGAUGACAAUGAAUUCUCGCGAAAAAACGAUUCGUUCGAUCAGAAACCAAUCAGCAGACCAACGGAAGCGGAGACCCGUUACACCAGAGAAAUAACGAGCGUUAUGAUGACUACAUCUGGAUUCAUAUCAGAGGCUCGGAUGGGAAAGCUUCCAGAUGCCAAGGCACCGAUAAUACAUGUAGCAGAUGUGGAAAAACCUCCAGCGAAAGAACCACCGUCGGCAGCUGUCGGCUCUUUGUUGUCGAAUUCAGUGAACGGUGUUAAGGCCGAAAAGGUGAAGGGCGAAAAAAUCAAAUCGGAAAAGAUAAAGAAGAAGAAGACAUUGCCAGCGGCCGUACUGCAGGAGAAGAAACGCAAAAAGGAAAAAUCGUUGAAAGACGGACUGCAUGGACAUCAAUUGUCACCGAUGGGUCCACCGCCAGCAAAGCAAAUGCCUGCAAACGUCGCCCCAAUUUACCUGCCAAAUGAUACGCCAAUGUCCGUAGUGGCCGAACAGCAGAAAAUCGGUAAGAAAGCGUUUCUGCCGAAGAUACCGAGAAAGCACAAGGUCAAAGAUCCGAACAAACCAGCCAAAUCCGUUCUUGAUGGAAAAGUGAAAAAGCCCAAAAAGCCACCAAAGAACAAGCACUUGGUCCACGCUUUAGACGAACUGUUCAAAGUGAAUCAGCCAACGUUUCUGUCAGCUAUACAUCCCACUCUACCAAUGGAUACAAAACACGAACGAACUGAUGCAUCCAUCGAUCUCAUCGACCAAUCAAACGUACUACCAAAUCCAGCAUCAAUGCAGCCAAUGCCGGAUCAAUUACCACCAUUCCAUCCAAAUGCGGCCCAGCCAUCGUCGAACUUUAUGUUCGAAGGAAAAUUGUCCACCGAACCGGACAAACGUAAGCUGAACAUUAUCAAGCGAAUCUCGUCCAAAAACAAAGAGGAUGCAGUCAAGCAAGGCCUACCACUACCACCACACAUAAAUCUGCCGGAAACAUCAAUAUUUCCCGUGGAUGAUACCGGCAUGAUGGCGUCACCAACAUCAUCAAUGCAUUCACCGACAUUGCCCGGUCACCUGCAAGUGCCCGCAAAGAAAACACCGAAGAAAUCGCCAACCAUGUCCGCAAAAAAACUGAUGAAACAGUUUGGUCAUGACAUGCCAUUGAACAUGACACUGCCAAAACCCGGCGAAAAUAUGGAUUUCCCGAUGGGACUGACACCGAAACAGCUAAAGGCAGCUGCCAAGAAGCAAAUGAAAGCACUGAAAGAACCGAAGGAGAAAAAAGUUCGUGUGAAAAAGGAGAAGCUGAAGGCAAAGGACAAGAAAUUAAAAGACCAAUCAUGGCCAAUGGCUGCCACCGACUUAUCAAUGAGUGGACCGUCGCCGAUCAUUCCACCACCACAGGCAAUGCCGCCACGGAAAACCGAUCCCAUACCGCCAAUACUACAAAACUUAUACGACCAACACAUUACGCAACAGUUUGCCAAUCACUUGCGUGGCAAUUUGGGUAACAUGGCCAAUCUGCGUGGAGCAGAGUUUAUGCAAAACUUUCCCAUGUAUCCGUGGUCGGGACCUGGUCUCAUUCCUGGCAAUCCAUUGUUCCCGAAUUUUCCAUUGCAACCGCGACAACGAUUACCAUUUCCGUUGCCCAAUUUUGAGAUGUUCGGCUCGUUUCCUCGCUUAAAACGACCGCACAUUGAAAAAGCCGAGCCCGAACCGAUGGCCAUGCCAAUCAACUACGAAAUGGCGCAAUGCAAUGUGGCUCCAUUAGUGCCUGCCUCAUUGAAAUUGGAAGAUCUUUCAUCGCCUCCGCAAGCAGCGACAAAUAGUUAUUUGCCAUCGUCCAAGUCGUCUCUCCCCUCGUCAACAUCCAUUUCACUUGUGCCAAGCAGCCACACCAAAUCGAAACCGCUAACACCAGAACCGAAGAUUGAUAAUCAAACCAUCGAUUUAACGGACGAUCCAUACGAUGACCAGGCAUCGCCAAUUCCGAAACGCAUGGAAUCACCACUGAGAAUAGCAUCACCACACACAGACCAUCAAAUGGGCUACAUUCCGCCGCACAAACAACGACGGUUAUCUUCAUCGCCACGGCAUCCGUCUAGCUCAUUGAACAUGGACGAUACACAGUCGAUGACCGAUAGCAAUGUUGAAGAUGCAGAUAAUGGGAACAGUUCUGCUCGAGAAAAAUCAUCGAAAGGCGAGAAGCGAAAGGACAAAGAGCACAAAAAGGAUAAGAAGGACAAAGAAGGCAAAAUCAAGAAGAAGAAAGACAAAAAGGACAAAACGAAGAGCAAAGAGAAAAGUGAAAAACGAAAAGACAAGGAGGACAAGCACAAGGACAAGGAAUUGAAAUUGAAGACGAAAAAGGAUAAGAAGGAGAAGCGAAAGGAAAAGGAACUGGCUCGUGUUCUUUGUGGCAUGGCAAACACACCACCAAUGCACGAUCUGGGUGUAUCGUCGCCCGGAUCGGGUAGAGAUUCAGAUAGUUCGAUUGUGCCGAAACUUACACUAAAACUGGGAACAUCACCGAGACCUGACACACCCGAUUCGCAUCGAAAAAUCACAAUCAAACCGAUUCGUCGGGAGCAUACAUCGGAAAUGGACAUAGAUGACAAUUCAUCGGUGCAACAGGACUCGGAUCGAAGUCGUGAAGCAUCACCGGAAUUGGCACGGUUCAGCGCUCUAGUCACACGUCCACCGAAGCAAAAAACGCCCGUUCAGAAAAAAAAAGAUGAAGAAAAGUCAGACCUACAUACUGCUGAUCAUCACACUGAAUCGCCUGGAACAUUACCCACGGAUCCAGUCAAACAACCAAUCACCACACCACAGCCAGCACCGACUCGUGGACGACCCAAAGGCAGUACAAAUGCGGCAAUUGCAGCAGCAGCUGCAGCUGCAGCAGCAGCAGCCAUAGCUGCAGCCGGAUCCAAUGCUCAGAUACAGCCGACAAAUGCAACACCAUUGGAAGCAGCCUGUUCAUCGUUGAAACAUCAACGUAAAAUGAAUCCACCGAAAAUGAAAGACGAGAAAUCGUCAUCGAAAAGCUGUUCAUCAAAGAGUUCUAAAUCGCCAAACGACAAAAUUGGCCCAGCGUUGAACGUUCGGGACUCCGACGGAAACCAGGUGUGGAUAUGUCCUGCCUGUGGCCGCGUAGAUGAUGGAACACCAAUGAUCGGCUGCGAUGGGUGUGAUGCGUGGUACCAUUGGGUUUGCGUCGGUAUUCAAGUUCCUCCAGAUGCAAAUGAAGAUUGGUACUGUCGCGUGUGCAUCGCAAAGAAACAGGAGUGGCAAGGCGGUGAUAAGAAGAAGAAGCGCAAGAAGAAGGACAAAAAGGACCAUUAACAUUGGCUUAAAGGCCAACACCAUCAGUUGGCCAAUGUGAUAGGGAAGAACCCCACUGAUAGAACCGCCGUCGCAUUGGCGUCGAGUGAGUCUACAGUGAAAAGUGAAUUAUCGAAAAGUGAAAUAGGGCAAACAGAUCGAGACCGCUCGGUACAUGGAAAAGAGAUCGUUGUGAGAAAACGUGGACGACCACGUAAAAUACCUGCAUAGAAACAUUGUAAAUAAUCGAAUGUGUACAUAGAAUCAAUUCCAUCAAAUGUGUAUAUAAUCAACAGAUCAAUUAACAUUUUUGUACAUUCAAUAUAAAUGAAGUGAAUUCAUACGAAUAAACUACGC